AUGUCCGCAGCAACGAUAUUCACCGUCCUAGCCGGCCUUGUCGCUGCCAUCGGCGUAGGCGUCUACUUCUUCGGUAUCUCCCCCGAAAUGAAGCGCAAGCUCGAGCGUCAAGCCCUCAAGACCAUGGGCGAGAACAAGAUGUCCUACCUUGCCAAAGACCAGAUCAACAAGAUUCCAACCUCCGAUCAAGAAGACGUCCAGGAACUCAAGCAGGGCAUCAGCAACAUCGCAGGCGGCGCUGUGAACAACCCGUUGGGCGAAGCAUCUGGUGAUUUCGCAGAUGACUUGACGAGCCCGUUGACUGGCCGCUAA